CCCUCCACAACACAACACAUACAAGCCAUGUCAUUAACACAACUCGGCAAAGGCGAUAUGCCUUACCAAGUGCGAUCACUGUAUCGGAAUCUCCUUCGGAACAGUCGACAGUUCGCAGCAUACAAUUUCCGCGAGUACGCGAAGCGGAGGACGAGGGACAGCUUCCGGGAGCACCAGAACGAGACAGAGGAGAGGCGGAUACAGGAGUUAAUGCAGAAGGGUUUGAAGGAGCUGCAGAUGCUUAAGAGACAAACUGUCAUCAGUCAAUUCUAUCAGCUCGAUAAGCUGGUUGUCGAGGGAGGCAAAACGGGGGAGCAGAAGGGCAAUGAGGGUGGCAUUGUGAGGCAAAAGGAUACUGGCUGGGACUAGACUCUGUUGCAGCGAUUAAAGAAGGUAUCAAGGUCGAAGCUGCUGUUCUGCGACUUCAAGGCGUUUCCGUGUCCAGGGUUGGCGCACAUGCCUGAUGAAAGGCAUCACGAAUAGCAUCUGUUGCUGUGCUUGUAGUAUACAAUAUUGUACUAUAUACUUAUGUAUUCUCUCCGAAUAUAGCGUACGCUUUCUCAAU